AUGGCUCCUGAUUUAGCACACGUCCAGAAGCAGACUUUUCAGGUUCUCGAGCAUCUGCUUAACGAUGAUUCGGAAGUGGGUUUUAGAUCUGGAGACAUCGAGACAGAUGGACCUGACGACGAGUUUGAUGCAGCUUCGAUCGCGGAGAAACUCAGAAAAGUGGCGGACGCUUUGAACGAAGACGCAAACUUCCAGGCCAAACUCCGGGAGCUGAAGGUGGCUGUGGCUCAAGAGGCCUUGGAGAAGACCUUGCACAGUGGUGUGGACACCCUGGUGCAGUCUCACGUGGGGCAGAAGGCAGAGGUGGCCCCAGAGCUGCAGCUGAUCAAAGCCACCAUGGCCCUUGGUUUGUACUUGAAGCAGACGUGUCCAGGACUGAGGCAGCAGCUGCAGACCACCAUCGGGACCUUCCUGAACCAGCGUGUGGGGCCUUGGAUCCAGGAGCAGGGAGGAUGGGAGCGAGUGGCGGCCGCGAGUCAACAGAACACCUCAUUGUGA